AAUAUCACAUUUAGAGCAUUCGGAAUUACAAAACACUACACCUCUGUGUCUCUUCUCUGCACAGGUCGAGUUGAUAACUCAGGUCUGCGAUUCUAUCACACAUCUGAACUCCGUCAGCACGAUGCAGGUGUUUUGGGGACAGGGCUUGUAGUAGCUCCUGGGUACGCCAUCCCACCCAAAGCUAAAUCCUUCCUCACGUAUGGCUUGUGUGACACUGCUGAAAUUCCAAAGGUUCUGGAGACACCAACUGAUCUUCAGGUUUUCUCUGUGAUGCUGCACACACACUUAGCUGGACGGAAGGUGCGAGUCGGACACUUCAGGUAAACAUUUGUAAUAAUUUGUAAAUAUCUUGUAUGUAUAUAUCACUCAAAUAUG